AUGGGGUCGAAGUGGGAUAUAUUCAUGUUUACUACAACACUCCUGCUAGUGCUUCAAAUGUUUAGUUUUGUUGGUGCAAAACGCAUAGGUGUUUGUUAUGGGUUGAAUGGCGACAAUCUUCCUUCUCCGACAGAUGUGAUAAACUUGUAUAAAAAAAGUGGUAUAGAAUAUCUUAAAAUCUACGAACCAUAUCCGGAAGUACUCGAUGCCUUACGUGGAUCGGGACUUCUUGUUGCUGUUGGUCCUAAAAAUGAAGACGUACCACACCUAGCACAAACUGCAGAUGCAGCAAGCGAGUGGGUUAAAGCUAACAUUGCUCCCUAUGCUGGCUCCAUUUCUUUUAGAUGGAUCACCAUAGGCAAUGAAAUUAUUCCCGGUGAAAACAGUUCAUUUGUUGCACAAGCAAUACAAAGUAUGCACGAUGCCCUUUCGUCUGCUGGGCUCGAUAAUAUUAUAGUGACUACUGUCGUUUCUAAAAAUGUGCUUGGAUCGGUUUUACGCAAAACUGGUGCACCGCUCAUGAUUAAUGUGUAUCCUUAUUUUGCUUAUGCUGCAGACCCAUCUCAUAUUUCUUUGGAUUAUGCUUUGUUUAAUUCGAGUAAAGCAGUUGUUGAUGGCCAUUUUAAGUACUAUAAUUUGUUCGAUGCCAUGGUGGACGCAUUUCAUGCACCACUUGAAAGGAUCAAUUCUGAAGAUGUGAAGAUUAUAAUUGCUGAGUCCGGAUGGUCGAGUGAUGGCAAUCCUCCUUUUAGUUCUAUAGAAAAUGCAGAGACUUAUAAUAAGAGAUUUUAUGAUCAUGUGACGCAGCAAGGAACACCGAAAAGACCAGGUGAUGUGAUGGAAGCAUUUUUCUUUGAGAUGUUCAAUGAAGAUAUGAAACCAACUGAGGUUGACAAGCAUUUCGGAUUUUUUUAUCCAAACAUGCAACCUGUUUAUCCAUUUUGGUGA